GUGAGGGCGCGAGGCUGCGGUCGGUGUUGUGAGGACAUCUAGCGGUGAGAUGGCGGAACAGCAAGUGACACAGUGCAAGGAGAACUUCACCGUUCCCACACUCGGCUUGUGUUUACAGCUUUUUUAGCCUCUUAGAAGGCCAUGGACAAGCAAACAGCAGAGGAUGGUACAAACAUGGCAUCUGAGGACUCACACAUUGAACUUGCUGAAGAUGUAACACACAGCAACCAUACUGACUCUGACACAGAGACCAUCAUUCCCCUGGAUGAGUGUACACCACAUCCCCAAUUACAAAUGGACCAGGCAGUCAUGAACAACCUAGGGCGACUUUUUGACCACUGCAUCCAGCAAGUGUCCCACCUGGAGACACAGAGGGACGAACUCAUAGAAGAGCUCCUCGGUCUCCAGGAACCCAUUCUGCGGGUUAUCGGGCACCUGAGAGGGAAGCUGCAGGAGACACGGAGGUUGCUCACGCUGGCUCAGCUGGAUUAUGUUGCUGUUUAUGAGGAAGUGAAGGAGGUGAAGAGGAAACUGUUUUCCACAGCCAGAGACUGCAUCCAGAGCCAGGUGACGCUGGCUGAACAGGAGCACGAGGUGGCUCAGUCUGCUGUCACACAGGAGGAGCUCAAGGCCCACAUUGAAAGCCUCACCCAGGAGUUGUCCCAGCUCCAGGAGGCCCAGCAGAAUCAGCUCAACACCCUGAGGGACCAGGCCUCUAAGGCGCGCAGGCCCAGGGCCAUGAGCGACGUCAGCCAGUGCCGGCAGGCUUCGGUCAGGCUGCAGCGGCGGCUCAGCGGCAGCGUGAGGGCACUGGAGGGCUGGUACGAGCCUCGGCUCAUGGCCCUGCUGAGGAGGAGGCAAGUCGGGGAGGACACCUUGAGGAAGAGCAGGGAGCAGGCUAUGGAUCUGAGGACCAAGCUGGGGCCCCUGAAGGAGGAUAUACAGAGACUUGAGGUGCAGAGAGCGUGUCUGGAGCAGAGGAUCUCUCUGAUGGAGAGGGGGAGGGAGGAGAGCGUCACACAACACAAGGAGACUGUGGAGAGAUUAAGAGAAACCCUGAGAGAACUAGAAGUGGAGUUUGAAGUUCAAAGAAAAUCUAAGACAGCUCUGGAGGAUUAUAAUAAUGACCUUUUAAAAGAGCUGACAUUUCUGAGAGGCCGAGAUGAACCUAGUGAAGCCACUGCAGAGGAGGAUCCCUGAUUUUGUUUCCAGUGGAUAUUUUUGAGUACCUACACACAGACCAAACCACAGUAGAGCAUUUAAAUUGGAUAUAGAAAAGAUAACAAAUAAUGCAUAAUUUGUUUUUGCUUCUGCAGAAUUGACUCUUACUACAACUUAACAUCUGGCAUGCUGUGCCAAGAAACAAAGCAAACAGAUUUACUGUAAAUAUUUUAUUAUGAAUAUACUUAAGUACACAAGAGAUUAGAUGGAACACAGAAAAAAUGCAGAGAAAAAAAACAACACAUAAAGAGACAAAGACAAUCUGGAAAAUUCAUACUAUGAAUAUCAAGCAAUUUACCAGAAAAACCUACAAUAUGUACAAUUCUUAUUAAAAAUGGAUCUUUGUAGAAAUGUUGUCAGCACAACUAAUCAGGAAGAAAGAAAUAAAACCAUCAGAAAGCAACCCUGAAAACUGGACACAUCUGUGUUGGUUUCAUCACAAGCCAGAGUUGAGUACUGGGAGUUUGAGAAACUACAAAGAUCUAAAGAGAUCUCACCAAUACAGACUUUAAAUACCUUAGGACGUG